GCUCCCAUUUCAUUUCAAUAGUAUCUUGCCGCGUCUAAAUCUGGAGAACUCCAUUGAUCUUCCGUACCGCUAACUGCUCUGCUCCUCGGCGUUACCGACGACGGAGGCGCCAUUGCUGUCUGUCAGCUCACAGGUCCGUUCACUGAAGAACCGAAUUCAUCUCUCUCUCUCUCUCUCUCUCUCUCUAAACUGUGUAUGUAUUGGAUGAAGCUUAGCAAGAAUUUUACAGAAUACAGAACCGUUUAAUCGCAUUACGUAGUUCAAUGAAGGAGCAUAAACAGGGUCUUAUCACUCCUUCCUCUCCCUCCGCCGGCGGCGAGAAGCCGGUGGUCCUUAUAACGGGCUGCUCGGAAGGCGGGAUCGGCCAUGCGAUGGCCCGGGCCUUCGCGGCGCGCGACUGCCACGUCGUGGCCACCAGCCGCUCUCUCUCAUCCAUGUCCGACCUGAAGAACGACCGAAGGUUCUUCCUUCAGGAGCUCGACGUGCUAUCCGAUAGCAGCGUGGGCGGCGCCGUCUCCAACGUCCUCGGUCAUUUCGGCCGCAUCGACGUGCUCGUCAACAACGCCGGGGUCCAGUGCAUCGGACCCCUCGCCGAGGUGCCUGUCUCCUCGAUGCAGCAGACGUUCGAUACCAAUGUUUUCGGUGCGAUAAGAAUGAUUCAAGCUGUUGUUCCUCACAUGGCUAGUCGGAGAAAGGGGAAAGUAGCAAACAUUGGCAGCGUGACUGCUCAGGCCCCCGGACCUUGGGCAGGUGUUUACACCGGAACAAAAGCAGCUCUCCAUUCCUUUACUGAUACUCUGAGAUUGGAGCUCAGACCACUUGGGAUUGAAGUCAUAAACAUCGUGCCCGGUGGCAUCAAAUCGAACAUUGCAAACUCCGCGGUCGCAAGCUACAACAGGAUGCCUGAGUGGAAGCUCUACAAGCCCUACGAGGCAGUGAUUCGUGCGAGGGCCUCUAUGUCCCAGGGAAUGAAAUCGACCCCUACCGAUGAGUUUGCUAAGGAGGCUGUGGCCAGAAUCCUUCAGAACAAUCCGCCUGCUUGGUUCACCUAUGGGCGGUAUUCCACAAUUUUCAGGAUAUUGAACCACAUGCCCCUCUUUGUUCGGGAUUUUAUCGUGAGGAAGGCAAUGAAACUGUGAACUAGUAAUUUUAGUUUGAUCGCUUAUGUGACUAGUUUGUAUGCACAACUUUAAUUCUUUUGGUGAAUUGACAGUUCGUAAUCAAAGAAUAAAUUUUUAACGUUGCCUUUGAUAAUGAA